AUGCUGCAGAUCAAAAAUUACCCAAACGAGAAUCCAGUGCCAGUGAUAUUACGUAAUAUCGCCAUCUUUUUUAUUUUUUAUUUUUUUUUUUUAUUUGCUUUUCUUCACAACCAACGAAAGCAGAAGCUGAAGGCUGAAGAAGCGGAAGCAUACAUAGAAGCAGGAAAAAAGGCGAAAAAGAGAAUUGCCGAGGGCGAAUUGUCGAGAUGCGACAUCCAGCAGUUCAUGUUCAUGUUCAUCCGUCUUGCCACCGACUCCGUAACGCCGGAGGACCUUAGCUGGCUGGGCCCGACGAGCGACCAGCGACUCAGGCCAGCAUACGAGAACCAACCAGCCGGCAAGGCCAGCUCUCCAGCGUGGCUCCCAUCUCCACCGAUCCCAGAUCUGAAACUGCCAGCGCGAAGAAGGCAGAAGGCCCAACCACCACUGCACUGCCCGGCAUCUGGGCUGGCAAUUGAGGCAGAUCAGCCACACCGGAGAAGAGCGUGA